AUGGCGGCUCCUCAGCCUGGCAGGCACAGCACAGUGAGGGGCACGCACCCUGCAGCGCCCACGGCCGCUGCCAGCCCCAGCCCAGGGCAUCACGCAGCCCCCACCCGCCCCACAGGCUCGCGCCCCGUGUCCCCCGCCCCGGCCCCGGCCCCGCUCACGGCGCUGCGGCGGCUCCGCGCUCCAGGCCGCGGCCCCGCCCCGGCCGCCAUUGUGCGGCACCGCCCCCCCCGCGGCACCGGGGCACGGCGGGCCCGGGGGUCGCACGGCCCGGGGGGCCCGGGGGGCGCUGCCCGCGGCCAUCCGCCCCCCCGCCCCUCACAGCCCUGCCCGCCGUGUGCCCCCUCACCCCCCGCCCGGUGCCCGGUGCCCGGUGCCGGUGCCGCCCCGCUCACCCCGCACUCACCCCCCCCGCAGCCCCCUCCUCGCUCCCGCGCGCGCCGCGGGACCCCACGGCGCAUCCUCGGCCCCGGCCCGGGAUGCGACAGGGAGGCGGCCGGGCCGGGCCGCACCAACCGCGCUCCGCAGGGGGAGGCGGAACGCGCCACCGCCUCCCCGUGCCACGGAGCCCGCCCCCGAGGAUGCCCCGCUCGCGGUGCCGAGGCGCCGCCGCAGGACGCGCUGCCACCCCCGGCUGGGGGGCUCGACGUGGCAUCGAGCCCACGUGCUGCAGCUUCCCGGGAAUUCCAGCAGAUCCCGGCUGCCUCCUUUGGGUGA